GUCCAGGAGCAAGAGGAUGCGGCCCUGGUGGCCCGGCCUGGUCUGCACGGGGCGCCACCUUUUACAUGAAGCACUGUGGGGCCUUUGGUUGUCAGUUGGCAUCAACCACCCUGGCGUCAAAGGGUGGGGCAGGGGUGGCGUGUGGACCGGGGCCUCUGUCUCGAGGUUGCCACGUGGGAGCUGGCCGCUGUACCAGGGCUCCCAGCCACCAGAAUGGAGUCUUCCUCUAACUGUUCAGUUUUGUCAGGGGCGAAUCCUUCACUCUCGCCAUGUUUGCGGGCGGCUGGGCCGUGGGUGCUCGCUGUGCUGCUGAAGGCAGGCUCCUAGUUCCUCACCUGCUCUGCCUCCUCUGUGUCGGGCUGGUGUGGCCCUGGCUGCGGCCUCCCCAGCCCGCAUCCGAGGCUGGUGCUCGCUCCCCACGCUACGUGGCGUCUGCCCGCCCACGUUCUGCCUUCCCCGCCUGCCUUCCGUUCUUUCACUGCUCGAGUUGUUUCCAUCCCGUUGUAUUAGGGCGUCGGGAGUGAGAGGAGAGAGUGCACCUAGUCUAGGUAAUCACCUCUCCGUGGAAGUCGGCUUGCACUUCAGAAACGUGUGGCCCGGGACAAGAAUGUGCCGCGGUCCUACCCACUGGCGACCCCAUGUGCCAGCCCCCGGCUGGGGCCCAGUCCUGAUUUGAGAAGGCCCAAACAAGACGGGGACCUCCUGCGCCCUGGACUGCGGAGCCGGCAUAGGCAGGAUCACCAAGCGGCUGCUGCUGCCGCUCUUCGGAGUGGUGGACAUGGUGGACGUGACCGAAGACUUUCUGAUCAAAGCCAGGACGUACCUGGGGGAGGAGGGCAAGAGGGUGAGGAACUACUUCUGCUGCGGCCUCCAGGACUUCAGCCCCGAGCCUAACUCCUACGAUGUCAUCUGGAUCCAGUGGGUGAUAGGGCACCUCACUGAUCAGCACCUGGCCGAGUUCCUACGGCGCUGCAAGCAGGGCCUACGCCCCAAUGGCAUCAUUGUCAUCAAAGACAACAUGGCCCAGGAGGGCGUGAUCCUGGACGACGUGGACAGCAGCGUGUGCCGGGACCUCGAUGUGGUCCACAGGAUUGUCCGCAGCGCAGGCCUCAGCCUCCUAGCUGAGGAGCGCCAGGAGAACCUCCCCGAUGAGAUCUACCACGUCUAUAGCUUAGCCCUGAGAUGAGCAGGGGCUGGCGGGAGAAAGGGACCAGUGUGGGGUGGGGGGCCGGCAGCUGGGCAACACCCCGAGGCUCCGUGAUGGCGGUUCGGGAGUGUGGAGCGAGGCUGCUAAAUAUACCUGUCUGCCGUCCGUCACGAGACUCUUUUUCAAAAGGCAUAACGGGACCCAGUGGGGAGGGCGCCACUGAAUGGAGCAGUGAGGCUGGAGCCUGGCUCUGCGGCCCGGAGAGGCAGGGACCGGGCGGUGCAGACCGUGGGACUCCAGGGCCCCUGGUGCUCCCCACGUGGGAAUGCAGCGACCCCAUCAGAAGCGGAGAUUCUCUGAUCUCCCUUCCCACCACCUGGCCUUGCAGCCAUUGGCCUGGGUGCCUUAAGAGGACGAGAACUCGCGGUUGUUGAGGACUUUUUCCCUUGUGGGGAGGAGAGGAGCCGGGCCAUGGGGCCUGCAGCUGCUGGGGAUGCUCACGUUCUGAGGCCUAUUUGGUGACGGCACCCUGGUGUCCCUAACGGGACCAUCACGAUGGUCUAUGGCAAGGGACCCUGCAGCCUCACUCUUGGCUGUGCCUUGCAGCUCCUCCUUGGUGAGCAUUUUCAGUCAAAAAAUAAAAGGGUGAAUCCUGUACUGGGAAGGCCCUAGCUGGU